AGACCCUUUUCUGGCGGCCUUCACCUGCUGGUGCAACGCGACUUCGUUACACAGCAGCCAGGCACUCGGCGCACGCAUCCUCCACCACGAUCCGACGCCCAGAAUACACACAAAGGCAACAACGGUGCAAAGGACACAAUGAAUAACGAUCACCAGGCCUCCACCAACUACCGCGAAGCGUUUCAGCUGUUCGACAAGCGCGGCAACGGGCGCGUUGACCGUGGUGCCCUCGGCGACCUGCUGCGCGCAUGCGGACAGAACCCUACGCUCGCUGAGAUUACGGAUCUCGAGCGCGGUGUGGGCGCUGACUUCGACUUCGACUCGUUCUCCAAGAUCCUCAACCGCCCCGGCGGCUUCCGCGAGCCCUUUGACAUCGAGGAGUACAUCCGCGGUUUCCAGGUGUUCGACAAGGACCGCAGCGGGUUCGUCGGCAAGGGUCAGAUCAAGUACAUUUUGACGAAUCUGGGCGAGAAGAUGAGCGAGGAGGAGGUCGACGAGCUGUUCAAGAGCACGAUUGACGCGAGCAACGACGAGGUCGACUACAGGGAAUUCGUCAAGACGAUCGCGGAGAACUAGGCACGGCGAGGAUGGAUUACGUUUCUACGAGGAGCUUCGUGUUUAUGGUUUCAGCAUGCGGAUACUGGCGUUGGGAUACUCGAGGGCACGGUCUUCUCCAUUGCCUUGGUCAGGAGAGCGGAGUUAUGUAGCCAGGCUGCUACAGCGGCCGCAAUGACAUACGAUUCAUGCACA